UCGAGGCUCCUCUCCCCCUGCACGCAGAACCCGCGACACGCGUGCAGAGAGAAGGCGCCAGCAGCUGGGCCAGCUGCGUUCUGACUCGGGCACCGGGUCGGAAUCUCUGCGAGCGCGCCCCAGCCACGCUCAGCCCGAAGUCGGCCACCAUGGAGGCGCAGGCACAAGGUUUGUUGGAGACUGAACCAUUGCGAGGAAGAGAAGAAGAUGCAGUAGCUAGUGCUGACUUCUCCAGCAUACUCUCUGAGGAGGAAAAGGAAGAGUUAAAGGCAGAAUUAGUUCAGCUGGAAGACGAAAUUACAACAUUACGACAAGUUUUAUCGGCGAAAGAAAGGCACCUGAUUGAGAUAAAGCAGAAACUCGGCAUGAACCUGAUGAAUGAGUUGAAGCAGAACUUCAGCAAAAGCUGGCACGACAUGCAGACCACCACCGCCUACAAGAAGACACAUGAAACCCUGAGCCACGCAGGGCAGAAGGCCACGGCUGCUUUCAGCAAUGUUGGGACAGCCAUCAGCAAGAAGUUCGGAGACAUGAGGUCUCACUCCAUCGGCUACUCCAUCCGCCACUCCAUAAGUAUGCCUGCUAUGAGGAAUUCUCCUACUUUCAAAUCAUUUGAGGAGAGGGUUGAGACAACUGUCACAAGUCUUAAGACGAAAGUAGGCGGGACGAACCACGGGGGAGGCAGCUUUGAAGAGGUGCUCAGCUCCACGGCCCACGCCAGCGCGCAGAGCUCGGGGGGCGCCCCGCGGCGGGCGGAGGAGGAACUGCAGUGCUAGGGCCGACGGCUGCCCAGGUCCAUCAUCCCCCUGCACACCUAAUAUGAAGACCAAAAUCCCACUGGGAAAAUCCAGGCCUCUCCACAAAGUUUCAUAAAAUGAUUUCCAUUCGUAUUUGUGUUGAUAAUGGACCACUUGAGCACACACUUCAUUAUUCACAGAUCGUCUUUUUAAAUGUCCUGAGUUGAGCAGGUACAAAAUUGGUCAUGACCCAUCUCUUUGUGUAACCCAAACAUACUUUUUCAAACGUGAGCAAUUAAUUAUAUGCUUUGAUGUUUGCUCGGACACCUUUACCAU